AUGUUAAAUUUAUUUUUGGUAGUAUUAUGGAUUCAAUUAAUUCAAUUUGUUCAAGGAGAUAGAAAUAAUUGGAAACGCAUUGAUGAUAAUAACGAAAUAUAUCCAUGGUUGGUACAGAUUAAAAUAAAGGUCAGACCGGAAUUAAAUGAUAAGAUAGCUUACGGCUCUCUUAUAUCUCAUAAUGCUGUCAUUACUACUCAAGAGAGCGUUAUUGUAUAUACUUCCAUUCACAAUAUGCGUAAACUGGUGGUUGAAUCGUACUGUCCCGAGCCAAAUGUUGAUAUUACAAAUGAUUGUUUUACAAGUGACGUUGCUUCAAUAAUUUCAGAAACUUCAAGUGAAAGUUCCGCCAAAAACCAAGAUCCAUUAUCUAUUUUAAUAUUAACAAACUCGUUCAAUGAUAAUUAUUAUGUGAGACCACUGUCUAUUGCAAACAUUGAUAAUAUUGAUAAAGAUAAUUGCUUCUUGGCUACUUGGCCAUCUCAUGAUCCAUCUGAAUUUUCUAAUAGAAUCGACCUACAUAAAACCGCUCAUAAAGCUACAAUUACUUUUGGUAGUUGUCUAGUAUCUGAUUUGGAUAAAAAUGUCAUUAAUGCACUUUCUAGAGAACCUUAUUAUGAUUAUCUUCGAUUUAAUUAUUUAUAUUCAGAUGAUUACAUACCUCAAAUUGAUGGAGCUCCUUUGAUAUGUUCACUUAAAAAUAAUUCAAACCAAGUUGCUCUUGUAGGACCGAUACCUGGUUAUUUCUUAUACGCCUGUAACAGAGAGAAAAAAGAUUGUCGAUCCAUAAUAUAUUUUAUCGACUUGAUGUCAUAUUCCACUAACUUGAUGAAUAAACUUAAUUCACAGCUCAAAAGCUAAGAUACAUAUAUUUUGAUUAUUCUAUGCAAAUAUAAAAAAUAAAAGAAUAUUUGUGUUGAAU